ACCGAAGUUCUGAAGUCCGGGGCACAUAGCGGGCUCGGAGCACUUGCAAUCUGCGCGUUCGCUCCGAGUAGCUGCACCUCUUGGCUGUUUGUGAUUUCAGAUCAGGGCGCGCCCUGCUUUCCUCCUUCCCUUCGUUGCUGGCAGUGCUGUGCACCUUACGCGGAGGCUGAAUGACGGGCUCGUGUCCGGCCAGCAGCUGUUUGGGACUCUCAGGGAGCUGAGCCUCUGCCGAGAAGAGAUUGGCAGCGAGGCACCCUCAGUCAAGGCUUGUGGAUCUCUAGGGACGGCCCCGCCCCCCGAGGGGGACAGCUUGGGGGGGCCAUGUUUGCCAACUCGAGCCACAGCAUUCUAAACAACACCACUCAGAGGGGUGAAGCGUGGAUGGUGGGCUUGGGCAUUGUCAUGUCCACUAUAGUCCUGGCCAUUGUCUUUGGCAACGUGCUGGUCAUCACAGCCAUAGCCAGGUUCCAGCGUUUGCAGACUGUCACUAACUACUUCAUCACAUCGCUGGCUUGUGCUGAUCUGGUUAUGGGACUGGCCGUAGUGCCCUUUGGUGCCAGUCACAUUCUCAUGGAAAUGUGGACCUUUGGGAACUUUUGGUGUGAGUUCUGGACUUCCAUUGAUGUUCUGUGUGUCACAGCCAGCAUCGAGACCCUCUGUGUUAUUGCUGUGGACCGCUACUUUGCCAUCACAGCACCCUUUCGAUACCAGAGCCUGCUUACCAAGGGCAAGGCCAGAGUGGUCAUCCUAGUGGUCUGGGUAGUUUCUGCGCUCACCUCCUUUUUGCCCAUUCAGAUGCACUGGUACCGUGCCAGUCAUGAGGAAGCUCUCAUGUGUUAUGAAAAAGAGACCUGCUGUGACUUCUUCACUAAUCAGGCUUAUGCCAUUGCUUCCUCUAUCGUGUCUUUCUACCUGCCUCUGGUUGUCAUGGUAUUUGUGUACUCCCGGGUCUUCCAGGUGGCCAAGAAGCAACUUCAGAAAAUAGAUAAGUCAGAGGGCCGCUUUCAUGUCCAGAACAGCAGCCAGAUGGAGCAGAAUGGAAGGACCAGUCACCGAAGAUCUUCCAAGUUCUGCUUGAAGGAACAUAAAGCUCUUAAGACCUUGGGUAUCAUCAUGGGGACCUUUACCCUUUGUUGGCUGCCCUUCUUCAUCGUCAACAUUGUCCAUGUGAUACAGGACAACAUCGUCCCCAAAUACGUAUAUAUUUUUCUGAACUGGGUGGGCUAUGCCAACUCAGCCUUCAACCCGCUCAUCUACUGCAGGAGCCCCGACUUCAGGUAUGCCUUUCAGGAGCUCCUUUGUUUCAGGAGGUCAUCCUUGAAGCUCUAUGGAAAUGGCUAUUCCAGCAACAGCAAUGGGAGGAGCGAGCACAAUGGGGAGCAUGGGAGCUAUCCCACUGAGCAGGAGAAGGAGAUGGAAAUGCUGUAUGAAGACCUUCCAGGCACUGAGGACUUUUUGAACUGUGCAGGGAUCCCAGACCAUCCUGGGACAGUUGAAAGCUGAAUGGAUUGUAUUUUCUCGUCCUUUCCUGGGAGAGCAAG